CUGGAUUGCUGCCUGUGCCAGCGAGAUCGUCAACACCGUGUCCUCACGCAAUUUGCCACUGCAUGGGCUUGCAUAGCCUUCGAUAUUCCUAACAUCAUCUGCAAAGACUCUGCCACCCCAACGACGCCAUGCGCAUUCUCACUCUUCUAUAUGCAGCGCUGCUGAGCGCGUGUGGCGCGCAAGCCUUGCGCUCAGAUAAAGUCAAGCUCUCCAACAUCCAGAGCCUGACACUGCGAAAGGGACUCGACACAUCCCAUCGCCGUGUCGAUGCCAUGCCCCAGCUCUCCUGCAUUGGCGGCAAUGCGAAAGGUCUCUAUGAAGUCGAUGUGAUGCGCUGCAAGAACUCUGGAUCCGACUACGACUCCGAGAACAUCCAAUGGACGUGUACUGCAUCCCUCCCCGACGAAUUCAAGCUCGGCUCCACAGACGUCAUUUGCGAAGGCUACGACUAUCCCGAAGACCCGUACAUCCUGAAAGGUAGCUGUGGAGUUGAGUACAGGCUCGUACUCACGGACAAGGGUCACGAGAGGUACGGCAAGGGCAACGGAGGUCACUGGUGGGGCGGUGACGAUGAGGGCAGCGGUAGAGAGGGGCCAAAGACACUGGGCGAGCAGAUCGCUGCCGCACUCUUCUGGAUGGUCUUCAUCGGUGUCGCAGGCUGGAUCAUCUUCAAUAUUGUCCGCCAAUGGGGUCAGGGCGCUGCAGGCGCCGGAGCUGCUGGCGGUAACCGACCAGGCUGGGGCGGUGGAGGAGGCUGGGGCGGAAACGAUGAUAAUGACGACCCCCCACCACCAUAUGAAUAUCAGGGACGACCAGGCAAGAGCACAUAUGGUACAAACCAGCCCCAGGGUUGGAGACCUGGAAUGUGGUCUGGCGCACUAGGUGGAGCCGCAGCUGGGUACGCAGCUGGACGCAUGGCGAACAGAGGCAAUCAGACCAACAACGGGUGGGGCAGCAACAGCGGUGGUGGGAACAAUGGCGAAGGUAGCUCGAGGUCAUCCUCGGGCUCUGGCGCCAGCUUCUCAAAUACGAGACACGAGAGCACUGGUUUUGGCUCCACCUCGAGGAGGUAAAUGGUGGUUGCAGUGGACACCUUCCCUUGGCUCAAAAUGAUACCCACAUUCUUCAUAUCUUCAUCAGUAUACGCAAUAAGCCUUAGUGACUGGUACAGAAGGAACACUCAUGACCAUUGAGGCCCGCUUACAUGUAGCAGAUCAAUUCGUACAAUCUUGAG